UUUUUCGAAAACAAAGUUCGUCAAUAUUGUCCUUUACAUCCAGCAUGGCGACUAAGUGGAUACUUCUGGUGGUAUCAUUAAUUUUAACGGAUUGUUGGUGUGUGAAUAUAGAAAGUUUGAAUGGAAUUUGGACCGUUAGGUCUGACAAUGGAGAAUAUCAUGACAUACCUGCUACCGUGCCAGGUGGAAUUUAUAGUGAUUUAAUGAAUUAUGAAAUCAUAGGAGAUAUUUUUCAUGGUUUUAACGAUGUUAACACCAAAUGGGUGCCAAGGCUUAACUGGACGUAUUUUAGAACUUUCCAAGUUGAUGAUGAUCUUCUACGAAAGGAAAAUGUCAAUUUGGUCUGUGACGGUCUCGAUACUUUUGCUGAUAUCUAUAUAAAUAACGUUCUUAUUGGUUCCAGUCGUAACAUGUUCGUUAGAUACAUUUUCAAUGUUAAAAAUGCUCUAAAGACAGGAGAUAACUAUAUUGAGGUAAGAUUUAAAUCUCCUAUCGAAAUGGGAGAUGCUUUGGCUCAAGAACAAGCUAAAUCAUACGUGGUUCCUCCCGAAUGUCCUCCAAAUGAGUAUAACGGGGAAUGUCACGUUAAUAUGAUCAGAAAGAUGCAAGCAUCUUAUUCUUGGGAUUGGGGUCCUUCUUUCCCUUCUGUUGGAAUUUGGAAAAAUAUUUAUAUUGAAAGUUACACUGAAACUACUAUAAGAUACGUAUCAGUAGACGUUACUGAUGAUGGAAUUAAUUGGCAUGCGAAUGUAGAUGUUUAUCUAGCUAAUAACGGCAAAAAUAAAGUAACGGGGCAAUUAACGAUAAAUUUACAAACAGACGCUACACCUAUUGACGAAUACAUUGAUGUCGAUGUGUCACCGAACGAAUACGGUGAACUAGUAAAAAAUUUCGAAAUCGUCGUUCCCAAGAACAUAGUUAGUGCAUGGUGGCCAAAUGGAUAUGGAGAACAAUAUUUAUACGAUUUAACAGUAACAGUUACUACUAACGGACAGAUCGAAGAUACCAAGACUCAACAUAUUGGUUUUAGAAAAAUUGAAUUAAUUCAAGACCAACUCAAUUAUGGAACGACUUUCUACUUCAAAGUGAACGACUUACCAAUAUUUAUGAAAGGUACUAACGAAAUUCCCUUGGAUAUUCUUCCGGAAAGAGGUCAAGAUCCUACUCUAAUAGAAACCCUGUUGGGAACCGCUAGGGAUGCUCACAUGAAUAUGAUACGUGUUUGGGGCGGAGGGGUGUAUGAAUCGGAUUACUUUUACGAUGUUGCCGAUCGAUAUGGAAUCUUAAUAUGGCAAGAUUUUAUGUUCGCAUGCGCCAUGUAUCCUACUUACGACAGUUAUUUAGAGAACGUUUUAGAAGAAGUGCGGCAUCAAGUUAAUAGAUUACGUAGUCAUCCGAGUAUUGCUUUGUUUGCUGGAAACAACGAAAACGAAGCUGCUUUACGUCAGAGUUGGUAUGGUACAUCUGACAAUUUUGAUCUAUAUUACAACGAUUUUAUAAAAUUAUACAUCACCACUAUCCAAACCGAAUUCAAUCGUAUAACACGAAAUAAAAGAAUAUUCUUAAGCUCGAGUCCCACUAAUGGAGUCGAAUCGAUUAGCGAAGGAUAUGUAGCACAGAAUCCUGGCGAUUAUGCUUACGGAGACGUCCAUUUCUACAAUUACGUAGCUGAUCCUUGGGAUUCGAAUGUAUAUCCAGUAUCGAGAUUUUCUUCCGAAUACGGUUACCAAGCAUUACCUGGUUAUCAGUCCCUUAUAACAGCAGCCGAUCAAGAGGGUGAUUUAAAUAUGCAAAGUGAGUUUAUGUACCACAGACAACAUCAUCCCGGUGGAAAUGAACAGAUGAAAGAAUUGAUCGAAUUUAAUUUGAACUUACCAGAAAAUUAUAAUGUUAAUUAUUCUAAGGCUUUCAUCUAUAAACUUCAAAUUGCCCAAGCCCUCGGUAUUAAAAUAGAAACAGAACAUUAUAGGCGUUAUAGAAGUACACUUAACGAUCAAGGUUUGGGUGGUACCAUGGGCGCCCUCUAUUGGCAAUUGAAUGAUGUAUGGUUAGCUCCUACUUGGUCUGGUAUUGAUUUCACUGGUAAAUGGAAAAUGUUGCAAUAUUUCGUUCAGGAAUUUUUCUAUCCGAUUAUCAUAACUGGUCAUAUAGAUUCUCAACGUAAUUUAGAUGUUUACGUUGUACUGGAUUCGAUUUACACAAUUGGAGAACAAAACGAUUUAACCGCCUCAAUUCAAGUUUUCAAUUGGAAUUCUUUGCAACCGAUACACACUGACGAGAUUGCCGUCGAUGUGAAUGAAGGUGAAUCUGCUCUUAUUAAAACAAUUCCGACCGAUCAAUAUUUGUCCGAUCUGAACUGCGGUGACGUAAACAAUGCGAAAUUCAACUGCUUCUUCUCUUUGUCUAUGAGGAAUUCUAAUGGUAAUAUUGGUUACAAAAACUACGUCUUUCCGGGUACACUCAAGUAUUCGAAUUUGCCACGAGCCAACGUUAGAAUUGGUUCAGUAACUACCACGAUGGAAGAUCCGAGUCAAUACUCUAUAACUGUGAUAUCAGAUAAUAUAGCGCUGUUCGUUUGGUUGGAAACGUCAGUCAAAGGAGAAUUUUCACAGAACGGUUUGGUAUUAACAGAAGGAACGACGAACAUUAUUUUCCAUAGCAAAGAAGCUACGUCGGAGGAAUCGUUAAGAAACACAUUAACUGUAAUUCAUUUAAUGGACGAAAAUUACAUGUAAAUAAGUUUAUAUAAGUGAUGGAAUCAUUUUCGUUUUUUCCUGAUAUUAAGAGCGCCUACAAAGCUCCCAAAUAAUUAAGAAUUAAAAAAAUAUUAACUAAUACAUUUUAUAUUACUUAUCCAACCAUACUUUUAUGUUUGAGUGAAAAAUCUGUCAACACGUUUAAUUUUCUGGAAAUGUUAAAUCUGUUUAAGUUUUCGGGACAUUUUGAAAAAUUUUUUUAAAACAAUACUAAUAAAUUAGUAAAUAGUUUAGUGCAUACUUCAGUAAAGAUGUAAAGUAGUGCAUGAUUUAUUUUGUCUAAUAACCGUUCCAAUCCAAUAUUAUAAAAUCAAUGGAAAUUUGACAAAGACGACAAACUUAUCUUUUGAAACAAUUCAAAUCAUCUAAAACUUUUUACCACAAGCCGCUGCUGUAUUAAAUAAAUUUAUAGAAUUUAAAAAUAACUAGUCCAGGAGGAAUCGUGCAUGUUUAAACUAAAAUUGUUCAAACAAUGGCAAGGAACUCUUAUUUUUCUUCUUCUUAAGGUGCCAUCUCCAUUCAAUGAAGAUUAGUCACAAUUCCGGCAUAUUAAUUUCGGUCGAAUUAAAGAUGAUGUGUUCAUACCAGUCCAAUCACGUAUGUUUUUUAACCAUAAAUGUUGUCUUUGGCCAGGCCCACGUUUUCCUUCAAUUUUUCGUUCUAUUAUCAAUUUCAGUAUAUCAUACUUGUUGUUACGGUAUAUGUAACCCAGAUAAGCGAGCUUUCUUCUCUUUAUUGUUGUAAGUAACUCUCUUUCCUUUCCCAUAUGUCUAAGCAAUUCAUCUUUAGGUAUAUGUUAAGUCCAUGAUAUUUUUAGUAGUCUACGAAAGAUCCACAUUUCAAAAGCCUCGAGUCUGUUCAUGGUUUCCACUUAAUGUCCAUGUUUUUGCUCCAUAGAAGAGAACUGAGUGCACGUGCGCCUUUACAAAACGGUAUCUUUAAGCUCAAGGUUGCGUAACAUAAUAGGUUUUUCACCUUUAGGAAUAUGGCUCUAGCUUGUUCUAUACGUGAUUUUACUUCGAUGUCAGGGUCUAUAUUUGUCGUUAUGCAGCUGCCAAGAUCUCUCGGUGUCAUAGAUGUUUAUAAUCAGUUGUGGGUUUGGAAGUCUUGUUGUGGCCCUUACUUUUGUUUUUGUUACAUUAAUUCUCAUGCCUAGUUGAUACCCCACUUCUAGAACUUUGUUGAAUAGGCUUCUGGAUUGCCUGCAAUGAUAACCGUGUCAUCUGCAUAACGUGUAUGGUUUAAUGUCAUGCCGUUAAUUUUUAUUUCAUCCUCAUCAUGGCCUAUUGUUUGGUUAAAUAUGUGCUCAUAGUACAUAUGAAAUACUACAAAACACAACCUUGCCGUACCCCCUUUUCUAUACACACUGGUUCUGAUGUCGUUUGUCCAUAUCUAACCGUUGCUUUUUGGUUCCAAUAAAGUCGAUGUCUUGUUCAUCUAACUCUUUUUUCUGGAGUAAUAUCAGAAGGACGGUAUGAUUAACUCGAUCGAAGGCUUUCUUGUAGUCUAUGAAACAGGCAUAGACAUCCUAGUUCCUAGAACUUCGCGAAAUCCAAAUUGUGUAUCGCUUUGAUUGGCUUCACAUUUAUGGUAGAUUGUAUAAUUUUAAGUAGAAUCUUAAGCACUUGACUCAUCAAGCUUAUCAGUCUGAACUCAUCACAUUUCUUGGUUUUUGAUUUCUUAGUAACUGUAACAGAGGCAACAAAAUUUCUUCUUUGCUUUUUUAAGCCGGACAAUUUUUUUUAUACUCCUUAUUGAAAUAUAAAUAAAAAAGGUCCUAUGAUUUUUCGCUAUUAAGUUAAUAUUUUUAAAGAUAUGAAUUUUUAAGGUUCGAAAAAUCUCGAAAUAUAUUAAAAAAAUACAAAUAUUAUUUUUUUUCCAUUUUUUUUAAAUAAUUAAUUUUGAGCGCCCACAAGUAUACAUUGCAUACCUUUAAGUAUCGCCGUCUCUCUCUCUGACUCAUGCGCUGCAUCGGCAUCUCUGUGUCCUGAAUCAUUUUUUAUCAUGUAUCUUAUAAACUAUUAACUUCAUCAAAAUUGUUAAAGAGAGCAACAUUAUUGAUAAUGAAAUUGUCUACAAUUAGAAUGUAUCAAAAUAACACACCUCAUGUACCAUCAAAAUCUAUAUUAUCGACGUCUACGCUAGAUUUCUAACUGACCAGUGGCCCGAUCGAUGGUUGUUAAGCUGCUCUGAUGAGACGUAAGAACGUCGAAACUAGUCAGUAGUUAUAACCUCUCUAAAUAUAAAUGUAAAAACCCUAAUUCAUAAAUAAAAAUAGAAAUGAUCAAUAAGUUUAUAAGUAGAAGAAAUUUGAAGUAGAAUGACGAGACAAGAUCCAUUAUACAGAGUGGGUUACAAAAAUAAUAAAACUUAUUUACCUUAACGAUAAUGAGUUUGUAGUCAAUGAUAAUAUUAUAUAUAUGAUAAUUAAAUAUAAUACUGAAAUCAAAAA